AGCAUUGAUUAACGAUUGAUCGCCUGCAAUGUGGAAUGAAGGACAGCAAUCAAUUGAUUCAGUUUCUCUUAUUACUAGCUUGAAAAUUGGUGUAUCGGGGCAGGACAUAACUGGGCUUGUUAUUGCAAAACAGGAAGGCCGUCAGGUAACUAGCAAAAAUGGCGAGGAAAGAGGAGCAAUGACUUUCACAAUACGAGACAAGUCUGCAAUAGUUAAUGUGACUUGCUGGGGAACUUUGCAGUUUAUUCAACAGUUGGCUCAAAAGUUUUUCAUCAACGAUGUAGUGAAACUGGUAAACUGUAAUGUUCAAGACAAGCCGGAGACAGAACAGGAGAAAAUAUUCAAUCCUGAGACAACUGUUUCCUUCAAAAUAUCUCUUGAUCAAAAACAUAGUAGACUUGAGCCGUUGACUUACGGCUGUGAAGAAUAUGACAGCUUGAGACACAAGCCUUACUGUCAAGACAUCAACUACACAUCUCUUGAUCAGAUAUCAAACCCUCAAUUUUCCUAUGUUGGCAGACAUAUAAACUGUCUUGUUAUUGUCAAGACUUCGCCUAGUAAACGAGCUUUGGUGACCAAAGAUGGUCGGCCAGCAACUUGCUGUGAAUUUGAAGUGAUAGACAGUUCUAAAGAAGUGUUGCGCCUCGUCACGUGGCUUGAAUCUCUAGCAGACUUAACUUUCAGUCUUGUUCCUAAACAAACCCUGCUUUUACUGUAUGGUGUUAAAGUUAAGAUGGAUACUUUUACUGAAACUGUUUCGUUGGAAGCCAAUAAAAAAACGAUUGUCACCGUAAACCCAGACAUUAAGGCUGCCCAUACUCUGUAUGCUUUUGCACAGAAACUACCUGACGACAUCUUAGAGCCAUCAAUCCGCCGUCUUACAAACACCAACAACUCCAAGAUAUCACUGGGAAGUAUCACAAAAGAAGUAACAAUCGAAGAGAUUCUCUCAGACUGCCCAGAAAGUGGAGUAUUACAAGCUGUACUGACUACAUUUGAUUGCACCGAUAUGAAAAGGAGUGUUUCCAAGAGGUGCACUGGCUGUCAUAAAAAAGUGCCAGGUCUUUGUGCUAAACCUGAAUGUUUUGGAAAAGACGUUGUUCCGUUCUAUGAUUUUACAGUUUCUCUCACAGACCACACUGGAACGACUGAUAAUGUUAAGUUGACGGGGGAAUGUGCAGAGAAGCUAAUUGGUGUCCCAGUCUCAAUAUAUGAAGAUUGGAAUGCUGAUAUGAUGCGGAGUUGUAUGGAUAGGGUUCAAUUAGAGCGUUACAAACUUGUAUUUACUACUUUCACUAUGCCUUCUGGUGUCUGGCUGCAGAUAAAACAGGUCGAUUCGUGGGUUUCGAACAUAGAAUCCGGUACUUAAAGUCGAGUGAGAUCUAGGUCUGUCAAAUUGAUUUUCAUCCAAAGUGUUAAAGUGUUAUUAAUUGUUUUCACAAGCUGCAUUUUUUAAUCUUUCGAACACAGAACGUUUGGUUAUAGCAAUUCCAAUUUGUGUUUUUUUAAAGCGUUUAUUUUUAUAAUCAAGUAGCACUUAAUCAUGACAUUAAUUAUAUUCACCUUUUUUUCACAAAGUUAAAAUUUUUUGUUAUUAAUUGUUUUGAUGCUUUGUUAUCUAUUUCAACUGUUGCUUAUAAUUUCCUUAUCAAUGCAUGU